AAAAAGAUACAAAGAUGUCUAUCUUCACACUUACAUUAUUCAUCUUAGCAUCCCAAUUCAUGAAUCACUGCCAUGGUGCUGGGAUUGCUAUAUAUUGGGGGCAGAACGGUGGUGAAGGCAGCUUAGCCGCCGCCUGCGCCACCGGGAACUACGAGUUUAUUAACAUUGCUUUCCUUAAUGUAUUUGGCAAUGGCCGAGUUCCUCGGCUAAACUUAGCUGGCCACUGCAACCCAAGUAUUGCUGGAAGUUGCAGUAGAAUAGGGAAUGAUAUUACAACCUGCCAACUUCAGGGAAUCAGAGUGCUUCUCUCUUUGGGUGGUGGAAUUGGUACAUACUCACUUUCUUCGCGUUCUGAUGCACAACAGGUAGCAAACUACCUUUGGAACAACUUCCUUGGUGGAUCCUCAAACGCACGCCCAUUUGGGAACGCAGUGCUCGAUGGCAUAGACUUCAACAUUGAACUUGGCUCACGACGGAACUGGGAUGCCUUAGCAAGGGCACUCAACAGGCGCAGCACAAUUCUAAGAAAGGUCUACUUAUCAGCAGCACCACAAUGUCCUUUUCCUGAUGCACUUCUUAGUAACGCUAUAAACACCGGUCUUUUCGACUAUGUUUGGGUGCAAUUCUACAACAAUAGGGCCUGUCAAUAUGCCAAUGGCAAUGCCAACAACCUCAUAAGGUCUUGGAACACAUGGAGUAGAGUUGAUGCUGGCCAAAUCUUCCUCGGAUUACCCGCUGCACCAGCUGCUGCUAGCAGUGGGUAUAUUCCACCUGAUGUACUUAUAUCUGAUGUUUUGCCAAAUAUUAGAGAUUCCCCUAAGUUUGGAGGGGUGAUGCUUUGGUCUAGGUUCCAUGAUCGCGGAUAUAGUGCCACCAUCCAGGGUAGUUUGGAUGGCGGAUCUAGUAAUGGACUUGAUAUCUCAAUUAUUGGCAUACCAAUCAUUGGUAACCCUUAAAAACCAACAACUUACUUCAUGCAAUUGAGUUUUUUGGUCGAACAUCUUGUUUGGUCAUGUAUAUAAACUAAAGGCAUGAUUUAGCAUGGUUUAGUUUGAUUAUGUGUAAUA